AUGCAGUACUAUGCAGAAACCGCAUUUUUCUUCGAGUUCACCUUAUUCAUGCGUUUUCGAAAACACACUGCUCUUUAUAGUUUAUUUGAGCCACAAGAGAAAACCGCAUUGUUAGCAGCUAGAAUUGUUUCGGGUAUUCACUACUAUAUAAAGAUUGUUGUUUAUAUUGGGUAUAUCGCAUUUGCCGUAAAUCGAAUUACUUCCGCCAUCAAUAUUUCAUCUUACAAUAGCAGCAAAUUAUCUUUGUUCACCCCAAAACGAUUAAUGAUAAUUCGUAUCGGUCAGUGGAUUAUCCCAUUAUUUUUCGUCCUCCCAACGCACUCAUUUCCGGGGUUCGAAUUUUGGUUUACAAUUACCACAUCUGCCAUUCGAUUACAUAACGAUGAUCUCUCAACAGCGAUAAUUGCUUAUGUGGACGGAUUUUGGUGCAUAUCAACAUGCCUUUUUUGUAUGGUGUGUUACUUCUUGACAACUUUAAUAAUCCGAAAGAGUUGGAAAAACGUUGGAAAAGAUUCGAAAAAGGCGGCGCGGGUGGCAGCCGAGAGAGGUUUGCUAAUUUCGGCGUUGGUUUCUUUCUUCGUACUCACCUUGAACACAAUCGUACAAAUUGUCACAAUUCUCAACUCCUGGGGAGCUAUGAAAAAUCUACUAUUCAUUCAAGACCUAUCGUAUCCAAUGAUUGAUCUACUUUAUUCGCAUUAUCCAUGGGCUCUAUUAGUCACUUCUUCAGUACUGCGAAAGCAAAUGAUCUACGAUAUCAAAAUUUUCCUGAGAAAGACAUUGAAAUUAGAUGAUGCUUCUGUCGUGCGAGUUGGCCACACCGUUUCCCCAGCUACGAUGCGUACUUCAACUAGGGCGUUUUUUUAG